GGCUUCGACAAGCAGGGCGAGGCUGUCGACGGGCUGUACAAGAUGGGGUUUGGCUUUGUGGAAGUAGGGACUGUCACGCCCGAGCCCCAGGAGGGGAACCCCAAACCUAGGGUCUUCCGUCUGGUGGAGGACGAGGCGGUCAUCAACAGGUAUGGAUUCAACAGCCACGGCCACGUUGCGGUGGAGCAGAGGUUGCGGGCCCGCCAGGAGACGCAGCUCAGGCUCACUGGUGCGGGGAUGCCCCUUGGAGUCAACUUGGGCAAGAACAAGAGCUCUGCUGAUGCUGCAGCUGACUACGUGGCUGGGGUCCGGACACUGGGCCCUUUGGCUGACUACCUGGUUGUGAAUGUGUCCAGCCCAAACACCCCAGGGCUGCGGAACCUGCAGGGCAAGGCUGAGCUACGGGAUCUGCUGACCAAGGUGCUGGCGGAGAGGGACAUGCUGCCCUGUGAGCGCAAGCCAGCGGUGCUGGUGAAGAUUGCCCCUGACCUCACUGCACAGGACAAGCAGGACAUUGCUAGCGUUGUCUGUGAGCUAGGUGUGGAUGGGUUGAUUGUCAGCAACACCACUGUGAGCCGCCCCAGCAGCCUCCGGAGCGAGCAGCGCACAGAGCCCGGGGGCCUCAGCGGGAAGCCCCUGCGGGAGCUCUCCACGCAGACCAUCAGGGAGAUGUACGCCCUCACCCGAGGCCGGGUGCCCAUCAUCGGGGUGGGUGGGGUGAGCAGUGGGCGCGAUGCCCUGGAGAAGAUCCGUGCUGGAGCCUCGCUGGUGCAGUUGUACACGGCGCUCGUGUACCGCGGGCCGCCCGUGGUGGGGGCAGUGAAGCGGGAACUGGAGGAGCUGCUGAGGGAACAGGGGUUCAAGAACAUCAUGGAGGCAGUUGGAGCAGAUCACCAGCGCUGA